GCCACUGAGGCAUAAUGGUCUGGGGGCCGCCGGCACUCUCCCCCGUUGUUCGUUCAAUCGUUCGAUACCGGUUGGUAAGCCACCUAUUCACCCGCCUCUGACGAUAACGUUGAGUUUCGCCGAAAUCUAGCUUAAACGUUAACAUACGGCGUUCUAGCGGCUAGCACGAGACGGACUUGACCGAUACGAGCUAGAAGAGUCGGGAAGUAUGGACUGAUGAGGCACUUUUCUUUUUCAGAAAAAUGUUAUUUGUUAUACAACAUAAUUUAAUACCCUUCGAUACAAAACAGAUCUUCUAAUUUACCGAUCAAUUGAAUUGCGACUUGUAACAUGAUUCUGUAUGAAUUUUUACUGAUUUUCAGACCACUUAAUUUGGUUGACAGCAGAAAUUUAGCCAAUUUUCUACAGUUUGGUAAUUUGUGCAGUCUUUAUGAGUUAAGCUCAAGCCAACAGGCUGCGCCGUUCCGGGCACAAGCCCGAAACCUGGGUAGUAAUUCUGCCGGGCUAUUUAUACCCGGGGAAAGGAACGCACUAACAAAGGCUAAUGUUCAUCAAUAACCGCGGGCGCAUGACUAUGGCCUAUGGUUCACCAUAGGUUGUGUCAUUGGCCGUAUUUAUAUUAGAAGACGUUUUAAAAACGUCUGGGGCCAGUUGUAUAAAAAAGUGAUUAAAGUUAACUAUAGUUAGUGGAAACGUCAUCCGAUAAGAAGCGCCUAUUUGAGAGUUAAUCACUAUUUAACUACAAAAUAGUGAUUAAAAAAGUGAUUAAGAUUUUUAUACAACCGGCCCCUGGAUAUUUUAAAAACGUCUGGACGAAUUAAACGUCCUGUGUUAAUUUCGACUAGUAUAAAUACGAGAUGAAAUCUACUAGAAAAGUAGAAAUCAAAUGAAGAUUACAAUAGGAAUACAGGAAAACCAAAUGGCCGGGAAUACCUGAGAAAUACUAGUAAUGUUACGAUUGAGGUUGGCAUAAGAUAUUUUGAUUAUAAUAACUGGUUGAUUACAUGUUUAUGAUUUUCAGUUUAUGUUCAUCCUCAAAUGAGACUGAGGAGUGUGAUUUGUAAUAUUAUACCAUGUUCUCCUUAUUUGCCGUGGUCAGAAUCAUUGCAGAACGUUAUUGUUGACAGACAUUUAUAAAAUCCAUCAUGUUCUUUGGCUCCUUGCAUUGAACACAAGUGAACAUUUUUCACUAAUUCCUCUCCAAAGUAAGAAUCAAGCCAUGAAGCAUAUACAUUCUCUUCAACUUUCUUUAUUCCAUUCUUUCUAAGUGAGCUCUUUCUUGAUAACUUCAAUAAAGUUAAAUGUGGGUUAUAUUCCCUCUUGUCAGCAAGACAAAUCCCAUCUUCUUCAAAUAUCGUUGUUACCACACUGUUAAUGGUUUUCAAACAAUCAACUUGUUCCUUCUCUUGAAGCUUUGCAAACACUAUUUCAUUUCUGAAGUUUCCAACCCCACUAAAUAUUAAUUUAUGAUCGACAGCUUGAAGACAAUCACUGAUCUCACCCUUACAUUUUUCCAAAGCAUCUUGUGCAAUCUUUAUUGUAGUUUCAUCUAAAUGCAUCACAGCCAUUGUUAUGUGGAGGGAAAUUAAAGGAAUUUGUGCUGGUUUUAAUUUUUCAUUUUCUUUCAAAACUGCAUCUUGAAAACCUUUAAUUGCAAGGUGAAUGGCAGGAUCUGAUACACGAAUGGCAACAAAGUGAUUUGGUCUUUUCUUUUUAAUUUUUAUUUCUUCAAUCUUUCCAUCUUCUUCUGAUUCACAAAUGUCAUAAUUCACCAUUUUCCUUUUUCUACUCUUACUUUUAUUUUUAUUGUCACCAAUAUUUUUUUCACUGAACAACCAUUCUAAACCAUAUGAUUCAUCUUCUUUAGAUCUUUUCACAUUCUUAUUGCCUUUCUUUGAUUUUCUUCGUCUUUUGUGAACUGUUUUUGCCUGUUCAAAUAGAGUGACAAGACCAAAAGAACUGUCACUGUCAUCUUCCCAUGAACAUUCAUCAGAAUUUUUACUUUUCCUUCCUUUCCAUUUUGUUCUUUCAUUCUUCUGUUCAUUUGCAUUACAAACUUUCAGUCGCGUCUUUCUAUCCUCUCUUUUUUCCUUAAGUUUACUUUUCACAUUUUUAACAACUUCCUCCAUGUCAAAAAGCCUGUUCAAAUCAAAACAUUCAAUAUCUGAACUCAUGCUUUGCUCAUGAUCAGAAUUAUUUCUACAUCCUGCCUGAUUCUCGUUCUUUUCAUUUCCGGUUACCCCUUUUCCUUGAUUUUGUAAAUUUAAACCAGACACGUUCAUCUCUGAGUUUGAUACAUCGAUAUUUAAACAGAACACCCCAUUGUACUGAUUGUAGCAAAAGUAUGUAUCAAUGUAUGUUUUCAAUUUAUGGUUGCAGUUCAACUGACUUUUAUAUCCUUCACUUCUCAAUGUACAGAAUACAGUACUGUCAGUACACUGCCACAAUUUCCCGGUUAGCUUUCCCUGAAAUAACUUAUAAACUUUUUUUUGCAAAUGAGACAAAAAAAUACUCGUCAUUUGUAAACUGCUUCUGUGAUUUUUGUUUAAAAAUGAUCACACCCCUCCGAAUGCACCCCUCACCCUCCCCCCUGUUUACACGGCAAAAAUCCAAUAUGGCGGAUUUAAAAGCUGACGUUGAACAGAAAGCAAGUUAUAAAAUCGAUUGUAAUGUACGAAAGGUGAGUAUUUCAUCAAAUCUAAAUAUUUUCUUCAAAAGAUCUAUGUAUAAUGGUCACAUCAGCUGAAUGUUAUUGUUCUAUUCUUUAGCGUAUUUAUGCUGACGCGACUCAGAGUACUGAAGAUUAUUAUGGCAUUCUAAUUGGUGAUACUACCGAGGGGUUGUGUGAUAUUGUUGGCUGUAUUAGAUGUACAUAUUAUGAAAAUACUACUGAGAAGAGAAGGAUAGUCAGUAAUAAACCUGACUGGGUUAAAGAAGUUUCUGAAAUCUGUACCUUAAUACCUGCAGGUAAAUUAUUUAGCAGAAUGCUCUGAUAGACCAAAUCCUUCCUUACUCCUUAGGCCACAUAAAAAAAAUAUAGUUGGUUAGCGUCCCCGCCCGCCCACAAAAAAUGCCCCGCUCAGGAUUUUUUUUUAUUUUUUAUUUAAAAAAAACUACUUUUAUUGAUCAACGGGCUCUAAUAUAUGUAGUAUUUCUGUUGACUGUAGUCAAUUGUGUUAAUAAUUUGCGAAAUUGCGUGCGAAAAUGACGGUAUGAAUCAUAUUUUGAAAUAUAUAAAAAAAUGCCUGUACUGCUCAAGAAAAUCCAGUUUCAGACCUAACAGUGAGUAAAACCAAGGCGUUAAAAAUUAGUAAAAUUUUUAAAAAAGCGCCUGCCCGCCCACUUUUUGGCAAAAGCUAAGUACGCUAACCAACUAUUUUUUUUUAUGUGGCUUAUAAGGCAGAUUGCAUUUAUUAAUAUCCGCACAGGGGGUUGAGGACACUGGAAAAUCUAGGGGAGGGGUAUAAAAAAGUCAUGGAAAAUCCAGGAGGAAGGGUGAAAAAAAUUGCAGGUGGGGGGGGGGGGGGGAUUAGAGACCAGAAUCCAGGGGAUGAUCUGCAAUCAAAUUGAAUGAAUUCCAGGGGUCACAAUUUAGGUAAUAAAAUGAUGUCAUUGCCAGAUGCAAUCUGCCAAUGUUAAGCAUACACAGUUCAAAGAUCUUGUACAUGGAUUACAAUAUGAUGUGGCAUAUAUCCAGCAUAUCACAAAGUGUUAUAAAACUUAACAAACAGGUAAGUGGUACAGUAGGUAAAUGUUUAUUAGAGACUUACUGUCCACCACAAAUGCUGGUAGGGUGUAAAAAAACAAACCUGUGGUUCUGGUUUCAUAUCACGAAAAUAUUAGGGUUGGUAGGUCGGCAAUAAUUUUUUUUUAAAUAUUUUUUUCAUGUUUUUUUUCUCAAUAAUUAGUGUGACAACAGACGCUAUUUUGGCAGCAGCCCGCAACCACCCGGAGAAAAUAGGAUCCCACGGUCAAUCACGUUGAAAAAAUAAUAGGGUCGGCAGAAAAAAAUAGGGUCGGUCGGUUGAUGAGUUAAAUCGUCUCGACAGUGAGAGUAAAAUAACACAGUAGGCCUCAUCAGGGUGCAUUGCCACUUGUAGGGUUAAAGUUUGUGCUUUUUCCAUAGGUCUAAAGAUCUGUGGUCUAUGUUUUGUGUCCAAAAAUAUACCAGUUGUGGAGUCAUCUUCAGUUGAAGAAAUAUUUUCUGGAGCUGAUGUUGAGGUAUGUUGCCAUUAUUGUUGACUGCAUGUAUAGACAUAUAGUAUACUACUACAGAUGUUUUGCUCAUGAAAUAACUGAUCAGUUAUUCCUGUGUUGUUGCCUACUUUCAAACCGAAAGAGCCUGGAUACGAGUCGAUCCCUGAAUAUUGUGAUAUUCAACAUAGACCCACAUUGACGUUGAUAAAAUCUAAAAAUUUGACGUUAAUUGGGUCAAUAUUGAUCAAGAGACAGCCCGAUUCAAAAACUUUAAAAUUUGCUAAGAAAUGUGUGGUCGUCCCGACAAUUGCACGACAACAGCGCAUGUAUGUCCGGUACAACAUUUUUAAUUCAACAUUUUGAAUGAUCAGGAAUGAAAAUAUUAUAAUAAUAUGUGAAUCAAUCAAUGUUUGUUGAUUGUAAGUAUUUAAAUAAUCAUUCCUGAAUCCUGAUGAUGAUUAAAACAUAAAUGAAACUUUGAAGCACAAUAAUUUUGUCUCCAUUCAGAGUUAAUGAUAUUCAGUAAAAAGUUUUUUACCACUUUAGCUUCCCACAGAAUUCAAAUGAGAUCGGGUUGAAAAACCUAUUAAAUAAUAUUAAAUAAUUAUGUAAAAAAAUGGUUUAAAAUUCAUUUGUCUUUAGAAUGACUUGAUUAACAGCACACAGAUACUCUGGUUGGUUGAUCUAACUUCGAAAGAUAAAGAGCAGGAAACUAUAUUUAUUCAAAAUUUAUCUACUAAGUUAAUUCAAGAAUCCAGAGUGUUUUUUGAUGAUAUAUAUGAUGACUUUAUUUCCAAACACGUUACCCUAAGAUUACGUCAUAAGUUGGAACUUACUGUUGAGGAAUCACGUGAUGCAGGUAAAGUGGAGUAAAAAAUUUUAACUUAACGUUUUAUUUUCGUGCAUGACAUCGUUAUAUACCUGCAUGGAUUACACGGUUUCAAAGAUACUGUGCACGAAUCUUUUUUCUCGAGACAAUAAAUCUUCGGUUGUUUUUAGCAGUGUUAGUACUACUGUACAUGCAUAUACUGGAAUCUAUGAAUGAACACAUUUAGCAUUACUAGUAGCAUUGACACGGUUUUUAAUAAUUAUUAUCCCCAUACGAAUCAUAUUUGGCAAUGCUUUAUUUUUUACUAUAUAUAAAAAUUAUACUUUGUAGUUCAGACUCUGUGCUCUAUAGUACACCACAAUGUCUACCAUUGUUUUAUUUCAUUUAGAUCUUUCUAUGAGUUUAUCAAAGAAAACAACUCAGUUCUGUAAUACAUUACACGAUGCGACAUUCUAUCUUCCCGAGUGUAGAUUAUUGAUUGGUGAUGGAGUGAAGAACAAUUCUGAUAAGACCUGUCAAGAAAUUCUUGAUGACGUCAUCGUAGACGAGGGAUUUGGACAAGAGAAACAUAAAAGUAACCGACGUUCAAAAAGCAAAGCAAAGGUGCGUAAUUAUUAACUUCAAUGACAAAUAUACGAAGGCGAUUUGAACUGAGAGUGAAUCUUACACUACAUGGACAAUGCUAGGAAGUGUUGGCAAGUGACGUUGAGGAGCUGUGACAUUUAACACUCCUCGGGCCUCAAUGGCUGUUUGAUUCACGGAUUGAGGUUAGGAAAAACUUUAUAAGUUAUAUCUAUGACUUUAAAAUGAUGUUUAACGAGAACAUAAGCCAUUCGUCUGUCGCCAUCUGUCCGUCCGUCCGUAUUCGUGUUUUAUCCUAACCCACACGGAUUGCUUAUUCUGUAUGUCAAAAAUAGUGUAGUCUUUGUUGAGGAAUAAAAAUGAUUCACAUUAGUUCAUAAGAUUUAGGUUCACCCAUUCAGGUGCAUUCUAUAUAUAGCAGCAGAAUUCACCAUUCCCAGUGGUGGAAAUCUUGGUGCCCCCCCCCCCCACCUUCUGGAAAAUUGACGAAGUGCAAAUGGGGGGGGGGGGGAGAUAUGUCGGAAAUUUGAAAGGUUUGUCGGAAAUUUAGGACGCUUUGCCCCCCCCCCCCACCGGAAAAAGUGAAUUUCCGCCACUGACCAUUCCUGCAGUUUCAUAAAAUAACCAUUCGUUGAAUUGAUAUAUGAUGUUGACAUGUACUUUCAGGAUGUGUUGAAUGUUCAACUAGUUCAACCUUUGUCAAAGAAUAGCACUCAUAAUCAUGCUCCUGUUAUGUUAUGUCAGAAACGUAAGUCCCUAUGAGUCAGUUUAUUUGACAGAUCCAGAUAUCACGACUUCAUUAUGACCAUUGUAACCUCUACAGAUCAGUUCACUGCUACAAAUAUCUGUUUCCGCUGAAAAAUACAGCGGGCACAUGCAAAUACCGUGAAAAAAUCUAUCCGUGAAAAAAUCUAACGAAAAAACGCAACAGAGUACAGUGAAUAAUAUUAGGAGUGCAUUACAGGUUCAUGAAACAGCUGUAUAAAUGUUAGGUUAUAUCGACGCUUCCUUCUCCCUUUUUUAUUGUUGCUUCCUUCUUAUACAUUCUCAUACUUCCUUAAAUACAAUGUUACUUCAAUCAACAAAGAUUAGUUAUAUCAAUAUAUAUAUAUGUAUAUAUAUAGCCUAUGAAGAUUUUUUAAUGAACUCUUAUUUUCUACAAAAUAUGGACGUUUUUUCAUUAUUCUGUUUAGAAGAGAGUGAUUACGUGAAAUUUCUUAUGGCAGUUGACGUUGUAGUUAUGCUUGCUAUGAACUGCACUAUAUCAAGACUAAAAAGUUUAUUUGUACGUGGUAUUAAAGACCAACUGCAGGGAAUCUUGUCGUGCUUUGAUACAUACUCCAAGGUAAGACUUCCGAGUGAUUGGGGAGGUAUGUGGGUGAGGGUGUGCUGAUCAUUUUUACUUGCAGCAGGGAGCUAAGCUGAAUUGCGAUGGACGCAGCUCAACCUGAUCGAGUCUAAAGCCCGGAUCAAAAUGGGGAUGAGAUUGCAUGAGAGUUGGUAGUCACGUGACCUUGGUUAACUGUUCUUAAUGCUUUCCCAACGUUGUCAUACUGUAUAUUCUGUUUAAGUUAAAACAUAGUUGGAACACUCAAAAGUAUCAAACUUUUAUUAAUGAUCGGGCAUGAAAGAUAUCACGUUUGCCACAAGCACCCACGUUCGUUCUUCAGUUAUCAAUAUCACUUUUUCUCUUUACCCAGGAUUCUUCAUUUUGCAUUCCUAAAGUGUUCCAUUUUAAAACACCGAAAACGCCAUAUUUAACGACAUGUAUAUAUCCUUGGAAACAGAGUGACGACGAGAUCUUUGAUGAAAAUAAUUUUGGUAACGUAUUCCUAUUCAUCUUCAGUUGACAAAACUUGUACACUUACUGUAGUAAUGGGCAUCUGCAUCAAUUGCUUUGAAAAGCAAUGGCGCAUACUAUUCUUAGAAUAAGACAAGCUUCAUCCUUAGAUUAAAAUUUAUAACAGAACGUUCUUCUUUAGAAAAUGAAAGAUCUUGUCUCUUAAAGAAGUUAAUUCUUCCUGCCCAAAGACCCACACUUCAUCCUAACAAUGUCUACAUAUUUCAGAAUGAUCGCCCGAAAGGUACAGAACUUUAACUAAAUGAUAUAUUUUAAACAUAUUUUGCAGUUUUGAAAUUUCUUAUUAAACAAUUCUUUAUUUUAAUUUGGUCUUGUGUAGUUUCGUCAUAUCUUGUAAAUCCUCAUGAAGGUCUAACAAAUCCUGGAGGUAGGAAUCACAUACUGUCUGUAGCAGUUGGGGCACCUUGGAUAAAAUUCACAGAUUACUAGAUUAGCGCAGUUUAGAUCAGAUGUGGAAACUCAUUUAUUGAUAAUUGUUAGUAUAAAAAAUAAUCAUAAAUUAUUGAAAUCCAAUGGCAUUCAAUUCUGAAAAAGUCCAUGAUUAAGGUGAUAAGUGAUGAAUGUGUUGUGGGAACAUACCAUACUUACAUACAUGUAUUCGUAAUGAGACCGUAACUAGACGCGACAAUUGGGGUUGCAUAUUCAUAUAAUUGUGUUCCACUUGGUAGCAUUUUGCUUUUCAAAAGAAAUCCGUCGCCCUCAAUUAUCGUGUCACAUUUACUGCCUGGUAAUGAGUGAAACUUCCAAUCGAUUUCCUUCCAAUUUCUAACUGAUAUCGUGAAUAACAUACUGACAUGCAUUUAUUAUAAAAAUGUUUUCAUGCGUAUUUAUUUUGAAAUUGUUGGAUUUACAUGUUGCUGUUAUUGGAUGGAUAUUAUUCCUAUCAUCACUAUAUGCAAGAUAACUUUGAUGAUAAUGAGUCGAGCAUAUAGCCUGCUCGCAGCCUGAAUUUGUUUGGUGGGGUAGAGGGUAUAGUGGAGACACUAAUAUUGAUCUCAUGUGCAACGUAUAUCAACUACAUGUAUCCAGCAGGGGUAUAGUGGGGCACUGUAUUGAUCUCAUGUGCAACGUAUAUCCAACUACAUGUAUCCAGCAGGGUAUAGUGGGGCACUGUAUUGAUCUCGUGUACGACAUAUAUCCAACUACAUAUAUCCAACUACAUGUAUCCAGCAGGGUAUAGUGGGGCACUAUUGAUCUCAUGUGCGACAUAUAUCCAACUACAUGUAUCCAGCAGGGUAUAGUGGGGCACUGUAUUGAUCUCAUGUGCAACGUAUAUCCAACUACAUGUAUCCAGCAGGGUAUAGUGGGGCACUGUAUUGAUCUCGUGUGCGACAUAUAUCCAACUACAUGUAUCCAGUAGGGUAUAGUGGGGCACUGUAUUGAUCUCAUGUGCGACGUAUAUCCAACUACAUGUAUCCAGCAGGGUAUAGUGGGGCACUGUAUUGAUCUCGUGUGCGACAUAUAUCCAACUACAUGUAUCCAGUAGGGUAUAGUGGGGCACUGUAUUGAUCUCAUGUGCGACGUAUAUCCAACUACAUGUAUCCAGCAGGGUAUAGUGGGGCACUGUAUUGAUCUCAUGUGCGACAUAUAUCCAACUACAUGUAUCCAGCAGGGUAUAGUGGGGCACUGUAUUGAUCUCGUGUGCGACAUAUAUCCAACUACAUGUUCAUGCAGGGGCUGGUUGUUCGGAUAGAGCUGUCCUGCGGAUAGUGAUGUUUUCAGCCUAAAAUUGCCUGUAAAAACACGAAUAUGUACAUCUCAAUCAAUAAAAAGAAACUUUAUAACUACCAAAGUUUAAUCUGCGUUAUACCAAGGAACGGACAAUCGGAAAAGCUUGAAAAAUUCACUCUCCCGGCGGAUAGCGUUAUCCAACCUUCGUACAUGCAGCCCCUGCAUUGAAACUUUUUACAAGUUUUUAAAAAGCUCAGGAACAUUUUAACGUUCAUGGGGCUUGGACCUGUAACCUCAUGCAGGCACCAGAUAGUGAUUCUUUCAAACUUUCUAAAAUUGAUCGUUGAAUAUUAUGUCUGGAGCUCUGGUAACAAAUUGAGAUAAAUUUAAGACCCUUCAACUAUUAUUCAAUCGAGUGAGAUGGCAACAAAAUCUUGAUAUUUACUCAUAACCUAACAUGGCAGUAUGGCCAGUACCCUAGUAUAUAUACAUGAACAUGUGGUUAGAGCUCGACAACUGGACACUGUAGACCGGAGGGCCGCAGGUUCGAUUCCUGCCAGGGACCUGUAGUUGCAUUUUUCGCAGCUGUUCCUGGUGAGAUCUAAUAAAUAUAUAUAAAUUUCCACUCGAUAAGAGGUUAUUUCGCUGGCCUAAGAGUGACAAAACGUAACAAAGCAACGGUUUUACUAACACUAACCCUAUUCCAAACACCAACUCUAACCUUAACCCUAAUCCUAACCCUACUCCAAGUUUGUUUCUAAACCAAUCUUGAAGAAAAAAGUUUUGACGAAAUGUCAUUCUGAGGUCAGCGAAAUAACUUCUACCGAUCGCGUGGUUAUCGCGAAUCAUUACACCUGUGUGAUGUGAAAUCAAUUGAUGCGUACGUGGUACUUUCUGAUUGGACAGUUUGAAUUUGAGGUAUAUAAUAUACUGUACGUGCUAAUUACAGUUUAUUUUGUAGAAAUGGGGCUGUGCAUAUCGUUCACUACAAACAAUCUUCUCGUGGUUUCGUUGCCAAGGUUACACAGAUAAAACAAUACCAGACCAUCGCUCUAUACAGGAAGCCCUAGUCGCUCUCGGAGAUAAACAAACAUCAUUUAUUGGCUCCAAGAAGUGGAUUGGAUCGUUUGAGGUUAAUCUUUGUUUAGAUUAUUUUCUUGAUGUGAGUUCCAAAAUAAUGGCCGUCAACAGUGGGGCUGAGUUGCAAAAUAGAGGCAGAGAGUUAAUACGUCAUUUUGAAACACAAGGAACGCCCGUCAUGAUUGGUAAGACACUGUUAACAAUUCUGUUGUUACCUUUUUUGUUUGCCACGAAAUUUUGCCGAAGAAAUUGAAAUACCGUUUGACCACUUUAGCAUCACAAAAGUGUUUAAAAGAUGUUGCAGGGUUUGUAGAUGGAAAUUUCGAGUGUGAAUUUUAUACAUUUAAGCCUAGUUUCCAUUUGGUCGUUAGUUGUCACUGGCACGACAAGCGGUAGAUGUGAAAUAGUCUAAUAUUAAUAUUACAUCAGCCACUUGUCGUGCCAGCGACAACUAACGACCAAAUGGAAACUAGGCUUUAUUAAACCUAACCAGGUGCAGUUGCAAAAAAUGCAACUAUUGGACCUCUGGCAGGAAUCGAUAAUACAAUACAAUACAUUUAUUUAAUACCACAAAUACAGUACAGUGAAUUUGAAACAUUUGUUAAGUAAACCUAAUUAAUGGUACAGGUUAUCUGAAAUAACUUACGUUAAUCGAGUCAGACAACCUCAUAAUUAUAUCAAACAUCGUGUGGUCGACAUCAAAUAGUUUAAAAUCUUGGAUCGCGACCGCUGACCUCGUGCGAUUCCGGUGCAGCGUCCUAAAGCCGUUUUCCAUUUUGGGCGGGAUUUUGCGCGCGGAGCGGAAUGCUUCUUUGUCUUGUCAUUUCUCGGGUGGAACUAAUAUGAAAAAAAAACAAAGAAAAAUUCCACUCCUCGCGCAAAAUUCCGCCUAAUUGAAAACCGGCUCAACCAAAUGAGCCACAGAGUCCACUUGUCGAGCUCUAACUGCAAGUUUAUGUAAGGUUAGAACUGGACAAGUGGACUCUGUACUGGACAAGAACUGGACAAGUGGACUCUGUACUGGACAAGAACUGGACAAGUGGACUCUGUGCUGGACAAGAACUGGAAAAGUGGACUCUGUACUGGACAAGAACUGGACAAGUGGACUCUGUACUGGACAAGAACUGGACAAGUGGACUCUGUACUGGACAAGAACUGGACAAGUGGACUCUGUGCUGGACAAGAACUGGAAAAGUGGACUCUGUACUGGACAAGAACUGGACAAGUGGACUCUGUACUGGACAAGAACUGGACAAGUGGACUCUGUACUGGACAAGAACUGGACAAGUGGACUCUGUGCUGGACAAGAACUGGACAAGUGGACUCUGUACUGUAUCUUAGUUGGUGAGAGUGCUACAUCGGAAUUACACGGCCGCACGUUCAAUUUCUGCCAGAGAGCCUAUAGUUGCAUGCUGGUUACGUCUAAUAAAUGGAAAUUUCCAUCUACAAAAUCCUCCAGCAAUUAGUUGUAUCGAGUGAGAUGCCCGCAAAUCCUGAUGUUUCAAAGAUAGUACUAGAUCAACUAAAACAUUUUGCUGUGUUUUUUUAAGGUGGAGGUGUUUUAGCUCACACAAUACUUGGUGUUAGUUUUAAUGACAGAACAGGCGAAAUAAAGUGAGUUUGUUAUGCCAGGUUAUUAUAAUUAAUUUUACAGUAGAAAUAACUGGUCGUCAUAUUCAAAUAACCCCAACUUUGCAAGCUCAGAAGCCCUGGGGACGAGGUUGAAAUAACCCCCAACCUUUGUAUAGGCUUUCUUUCACAGAGCUGUUGUUACACAGCACGCACAAUUCGGGACAUCCUAGAAAUCAAAUGUUGUUCAUAUUCAUUAUUAAAUAUUACCAACAACAAACUAACAAUCUCUUAUUUCAGAUUUUUAAUACUUGAUCCACAUUAUACUGGUGGUGAAGAUAUUAAGAUUAUAUUAGAUAAGGUGAGUACAGCUCGAAUAUAUCAAGUGGUUAAACACAACGACACGUAGGAUUAAAUUAUUUAAAAAAAACGACGGGUCGACUAGCCUGGGUAUAACAAUCACAAAGACUAUAGCCUGCUCACAAAGCUACGACUUGUGUAUUGGUCCUUCAUUGAAAUCGGAUGCAUCCAUAAUUAUAGUAAAAAAAGUUCAAUGUUUCAAUAUAUGCAGUACUGUAUUAUAUUGUACUUCGUAUUGUACUGUGCUGUGCCAUGUUGUGAUGUAAAAUUUGCUGUGCUUUGGUGUAUAGUCUGUGUUCUAAGGUUGUCAGGUGCUUGGCAUGUGUGCUGUGUUAUAUUGUACUUCGUAUUGUACUGUGCUGUGCUAUGUUUUGCUGUGAUGUAAAAGUCGCUGUUCUCUGGUGUAUAGUCUGUGUUCUAAGGUGCUUGGCAUGUGUGCUGUCCUGUGGUGUUAUAUUGUACUUCGUAUUGUACUGUGCUGUGCUAUGUUUUGCUGUGAUGUAUCCAGUUGCUGUGUUCUGGUGGAUAGUGUUGUAAGGUGUUUGGCAUGUGUGCUGUCCUCUGCUGUGUUAUUUUGCACUGUUUUAAUUGUGCAAUGUAAUGUUGUACUGUUUUAACUGUGCUAUGCCUGUGUCGUAUUUUAUAAUAUUAUAUACAAAUCUUGCAGAAAUGUUUUCUCGUAGAUAAAUUUCUUAUAUUAAGUGCUUGCAUCUAAUUAAAAUAAACUGUCGAGCAUUGUGAUUGGCUGAAAAUGCGAGCUUGGAGUUGACUCUUACGAUGAGUGGAAAAAAGACUUAAUGUUGUAUACUUACUCACAAUAGGGUUGGUGUGCUUGGAAGAAUCAUAUGUUCUGGAAUCAGCAAGCUCACUAUAAUCUCUGCAUGCCUCAAAGACCUGUAAAAGUAUAG